CUGCUAAACCAGUGAUCGACCGACAUUAUGCUGCUACCGCUGCAGGGAUCAACAUCAAUCUUGAUAAACCAGAGGUUGAGGACACUGGACUUGUCUCUUCAAGUGAGCACGACAAUUCUGGAUUUGUCUUCUAUGGUCACGUAUUUAAAGGCGGAGGCAACCCGUGGUGCUGGACAGCUGGAAGGACGUUUGAGAAAUGUUGCAGUGUCCGUCGCAUAUCAUUGGCAGACGCUAAUAAAACGGCCGACCAUGAUAAUCCCUGCUUUCGGCUGAAGGACAAUCCGUACUAUAACGAAGUGAAGUGCUGUUUCGGGGCUCUGGUGAGCAGCUCUAGUGGUAUUUCUGCAAAGGGGGGUCGUGAAAGUGCUGCGCGACCAAGAACAGUAUGCAGCCCUUCCAGAGAGGAUAACGCGUCCAAGGAUGAGGACGAUAGCUUGUUUGAAAUCGCAGACUUCCAUCAACACAACCAUGAUAGAUACGAGCCGGCCGACGAAGGUCUCAUCUUUGGUUUCCGUGGUUAUCUAGAUCCUCUUCGCUAUGGUGCACACUACGGAAAUCUGAAUUGGGAGCUGCCGACAGGGGUCGACGGGGUCAGUGUGUCACCUGUCCAGGACGCCUACAGCCGGUCCGGGUGGGCGAGCCAAGACAUGAGAGACGAAGUUUUCAAAAUCCAGAUGGUACAGUGGAAUAUUCAGGAUCUUGAGCCUCACAUUUUCUCUGAGGUUCCGCUCGAGGCGGCAGCCGCUCAGUUCGAGUUUGUGGCGCAAUACAAAACUUACUUUGUAAGAGUGCUCCACAGAAGCUUGUUUUAUCGAUUACCCGAGGCGCGGGCAGGUAUGCAACAACAACGGGCCACUACCAUGAUAGAGUCCUCACGCGAGGCCUUGCCCUUAUUGUCGGAUUCGUCGGAAAGAAAAGACUAUGCGUCUCGCGAGGAGCAUAUCAGGUGGGGCGCCGAGCAAACCGAGGUAGACGAGUUCCUCGAAGCUAGAUUUGGCUUGCAGGCUACUUCAGAGCCAACCACUACAAAAUCAAGUUCAAGAGCACAAACACGCGGUCAGAAAACUAGGGCUUUAGGGACUAGCAUUGUCGAGUCUAUUGUGAACAUUGGUACGGCAGAUGGCGUAUCGCACGACCCAUUAGAGAAACUCUCUGACCGUGCUCACGUCGUUAUUGGCGCCGAACGAAACAAAGAUUUGUGUGUGGAGUAUGAGAAGCGCUUUCCAAACGCGAGAUUGCUGUUAAGGCCCGCGGUUGUGGUUGCAAAUUGAUAUCCCUGCCCUUCAUCAUGAUACAGAAUUCAAAUUCUCCUUCCGAUUCCAGACUCCUGAAAUAUAAUUUUGUAAGGAUGACUUUGACCAAGAUCACCCCCCAAGACCUGAAUUGACCAUCCAUCGAAUAUUAUUGCUAAAGUAAAUAGUCGUCAUGGUCAUUGUCUAAUACUUUGUGGUGCAGUGCACCCCUCUACGAUUGAGCAUACAGUGGCCCAGGCAUUGCGAGAGGAGAUGAACAAGGCAGGACUACUCGCUUCAUCUACGCGUGAUCAGGAACCGAAUAAGGAAAAGCAGUCCUCCGAAGAUCUCAUCGACGUCACAAUUUUGAAGAUUGACAUCGAUAGUUUCGAUUGUGUUCUGGCAGAGAAGAUGCUUGUUUUGGGUUUCCGCCCGAGAUUCCUUGUGAUGGAGGUGAAUGCCGCUAUUCCGCCACCAUUUGAAUUCGUAAUGCCAGACGACCCAGAACUCUGGGCCUCGCUGAAAGUCACUGAACUUCUCGCGCCGAGUCUAGUUGAAAUCGAGGAUUCUAUUCCACCAACCGCACACUAUGAUCACCUGCUUCCGCCCGUGCGCAGCAUUGCUAAUGUGCCGCUCUUCAGCUGCUCCCUGACUAGUAUGGUGAGGAUGUUCAGUCGCUAUAGCUACGACCUCGUUUUUUUCCGCUAUGGAGACGCUGUGUUCGAGUUGAGGACUCCAACUCCAAUGAGCACCUUAAACGAGGCGAAUCGCAAUAUCGAAGAUCAUAGUAGCAGAACUGGAAGUGCACCUCGUGCUACAACACCAUCUACUUCGCUUUCCUUGCCGUCGAAGAUUCUUAAUCCUUUUUGGAUUUACUGGACCUAUCCUCUUGGCGCUUUCGGUUUUUCUGCCGCUGAAAUGCGGUACGUUUUCUACGAAGAGCCUAACGUUAAAGUGGCAGGACGCUGGUUGCAAAAGAAAUUGUGGGCAUGGGGAGAGUACGCGAUCACAGGGGAAACAACUCAGAUCUCUUGUCAUCUUUCAGACGACCUGCAUGUAAAAAACUCUGGCAGGAUGAAAAGUCUCAUUCGCGUCUUGGUGAAUGGGACAAGAAUUUAACUGCCAGUUCUUAAAUGAUCCGCAGCAUCAAAAUGAUUUCAAUUUGUUGAUUCCAGAUACAUUUUUUCAAUUCUUUUUUUACUUUCGAACUACUGACAUUUCUUGCUACUCUUCGCAUUCUUUUUCAUGAAUUCCCCGAGUCGUGUGAGUCCACCGACAUAGUCUAGUGCUGCAGAACCAGAAGUUGUAGCUUCUGACUGCAAACGCAUCACGCGAGAAACGGAUCGUGAGAAUCUACUAGAUAAAUUUGUUAACUACCAAAAGGAUGUACCUAUCCUGUUGUACGAAAAUUGAUAGAGUCGAUACUUGGGAGAGUUCUUCGUGACGUCUUG